UUUUAGCUUAUCUCGUAAUAAAUGCUCAAAAGAUGCAUUGUAUUAAUUGACAGAGGGAGUAUAAUUUAAUAAUUUAAAGUUAAAAAAUGAGAAGGUUCCAAAAAAAUAAGUAAAAAUAAAAAUAAAAAUAUGAUGUCAGCAAAUGAUUUAUGCGGAAUUUUUUUUACCACAACUUGACAUGUGUAUAAUUUAUAUAGGAGAUGAUGUCAGCGGUUAUUACUUAAGUUAUGUAAUAUAUUUAUUUAUUCUCUCUCUUUCACAGUUAUACUCACUUUUGCUUUUUAAGAAUUUUAUUCUUUAACCAACCUCACUCUAUUGUAAAAUAAUACUUACCCGUCUUCAAAAAAAAAAAAACAAACAAACCUUACCUCCGUCUUUUUUGUUAACACAUGUUUCUUUUUUAGGAAGUUUUUUUAGUUAUCUUGUUUCCUUUUGUGUAAGUUUAUCAUUGUCUCUUUUCCCUUUGUUAUGUGUGCUGUGCCUAAAUUAAAGGCGUGAAUGGAGUAUUUAAUGCUCCUUGCAUUAAACACCUGAAAAGGAAUAGUUCGAUACGGAAUACUUCACCAUGAUUCUAGAAUCCCAAAGAUAAAACAUCCAGAACAAUCCAGAACUUACUCUUUGUCUUUUCUUUUUCUGCACUGAUGUUCUUCUAACCUCUUCAACCUUUGAAAGAAGCAAUUUUUAACACUUCGGAGAAAUUUAGGUACAAUUACAAAGCAUCAUCAUUUCGUAACCCUUAAAUCCGAUUCAAUUACAGAAUAGCAGGUAAAUAAUGUUUGGAGUAGUAUUUCCAAACCGAAGUUUCCCGCUUGACAUCUCGACCUUUACACAAAUUGACACAUUCCAUUGGGUUCUUGAUAUGAACCACUUUGUUGGAGAAGCAUAUGAUCAAAUCAAAGAUAUGUGUAUAUUCUUGCUCAACAAUCUCACCCUUCCGGCAGACAAAGCCUUAGCUGUAUAUGUUCAAUCCCCUGGGUCAGCUUUUGUGUACUGUGGCGCUGUUACUGUAGCCCGUCCAUCUGCUGUUCUCUCUCUCCUCUGGCCGGAGCCUGGAAGCCAAGGCCAAUUUCUUACAGCUGACACUGCCCCGCUUUCUGCUAAGAUCGGGGUGUCUGUCCAGGACUUGGCGACACUCCCUUCUCUUGAUAUAGCUGCAGAUAAGAAGAUUGAGCAAACCGCCCUCAAAGUUGGGGAGAAUCUCUUUAAUUUCAUGCAGUCAUUUUGUGGUGUCGAUGGUAGCAAAUUGAUUGUGCCCAUGGAUAUCUUGGAUCGGUGGUUCAAGAAGUUCCAGGAGCGUGCUAAGCGUGACCCUGAUUACUUGAAGGGUUUUACCUUGUAGCUGAGUUAAACAUUGAGGUACUGAUGUAGAAUUAACUUUUAUCAUUAAUGAUAGUAUGAGUUUCUGCUUUGUUGUUGUUUCUUGUGUUGUUUUGAUUGUAUGAACUUUUGAUCUUUGUUGUAAAAUUACAGCUUCCAUCUAUGUUUUUAUUUAUAAAGGCUCUCAAUUCAUGUUAUACCAUAUUAGAUUUAUCCUGCAAUAACAUAUAUGGAGUUUUAGACUUUUUGGUAGUUUGAUUUCUGAUGGUCUUGAAGUGAGAAAACUUGUUUGCAGUGAAGAAACUUACUCUUUUUGCAUUUUUUUUUGUUCAAUGACUUGUGCAACUUUACGGAUUUUUCAUAUAUGUACAAGGGUGGCUUGGAACAUGGAAUAUCCGAAUAUGAAUGGUCU